AUAAAAAACUUUAUUCCUUCUAACAUAAUAAAAUAACUAUACAGACAGCAACUGGAAUUACAUUCUUAUAGAACAGAUUCAUGUGAAACCAGCACAGCACAGGCUCCCUUCCUUUCCAGGGGAGGAGAGAGUCACAGUUCCAUUAUUUAAUACAUUACCAUAAUUUCUUCCACAAAUUUGGAAUCCAGCAAUUAGCAUAUCCCACAUUUGUUCAGUUCCAAAUCUUCAACAGUUCAGGCUCACACUCUUUUGCUCUAUUAAUGCUGCUGAAGCAACCACAAAAAACGAACCAGAACAACAAACAAACAAACAAAAUAAGAAAAUGGAGACCUGUAAAGUUCUAGUGGCGGCCUUGCUGUUGUUGGGGUUCAUUUUUCCUGUUAUCUCUGGUUGGGGCGUCGACGGCCAUGCUGCCGUCUGCAAAAUCGCUCAGUCACGGUUGAGCAGAGCAGCAGCAGAUGCAGUGCAGCAACUGUUGCCAGACUCCGCUAGCGGCGAUUUGGCUAGCGUUUGCAGUUGGGCUGACAGAGUCAAGUUUUAUUAUCACUGGUCCUCUGCUCUUCAUUUCAUUGAUACUCCAGAUUCCCUCUGUUCUUACCAGUAUGACAGGGACUGCAAAGACCAAGCAGGAGUGAUAGGACGGUGUGUUGCAGGCGCCAUUAACAACUAUACUUCCCAGCUUCUGAAGUACCAAGCUCAACCAUCUCAGUCUAAAUAUAACUUGACUCAAGCACUUCUUUUUCUUUCACAUUUCAUGGGAGACAUCCAUCAGCCUCUGCAUGUGGGAUUUACGACAGACAGGGGAGGAAACACGAUCGAUGUUCACUGGUACACCAGGAAGCAAAAUCUUCACCAUAUCUGGGAUGACAGCAUUAUCGAGACUGCAGAAGAAAAGUUUUACAACUUCAGUGUGGAUGGCCUGGUUGAUGCAAUCCAAAUGAAUAUCACGAAGGGAUGGAGAAAUCACGUUGAAGAGUGGGAGAAGUGUAGUUCUAAUGAGGUAGCAUGCACAGAAAUAUAUGCAUCAGAAAGUAUCCAAGCAGCCUGUGACUGGGCAUACAAAGGUGCAAGUGAAGGUUCUAUACUAGAAGAUAAAUAUUUCUUCUCCCGAGCGCCGAUAGUGAACCUGCGUCUGGCACAAGGUGGAGUUAGAUUAGCGGCUGUUUUAAAUCGCAUCUUUAGUUGACAGACUCUCCUUUAGUUUAUACUCAGAGGAAAAGCCUGCAUGAAAUAGUUAUGUUUCAAGUUAGUAGUUGGGAAAAAGUCGACCGUAUUAUGCUACGUGAGCUUGUAAAACAAUCAGCACUACUACGUGAAUAAAGUUCUUCCUGAAAUAUCA